AUGCUGCACGCCGUGUACCGUGUGGGCGACAUGGAUGCGACGAUCAAGUAUUACCAGGACUGCUUUGGCAUGAAGCUGCUGCGCUUCCGGGACAUCAAGGAGGAGAAGUACAGCAACGCCUUCCUGGGGUACGGCCCCGAGGAGACGCACUUUGCCAUGGAGCUGACCUACAACUAUGGCGUGGACAGCUAUGACCUGGGGGAGGGCUUUGGCCACUUUGGCAUCGCCACGCCCGACGCCUACAAGAUGGUGGAGGCGGUGAAGGCCAAGGGCGGCCGCGUGACUCGUGAGCCGGGGCCGACCAAGGGCGGCAAGACGGUGAUUGCCUUUGUUGAGGACCCUACUGGCUACAAGUUCGAGCUGAUCCAGCGGCAGACAGAGAUACCGGAGCCGCUGGCGCAGGCGGGUCGCCAGGGCCGGGGCGCCGGCGCUUGUGGCUGCGCCUUUGUGAUGCUGCGGGUGGGUGACCUGGACCGCAGCAUCAAGUACUAUACGGAGGUGCUGGGCAUGCGGCUGCUGCGCACGCGGGACAACCCGGAGUACAAGUACACGCUGGCGUUCCUGGGGUAUGGGCCGGAGGAGAGCAGCACGGUGUUUGAGCUGACCUACAACUAUGGCAAGGACAGCUACACCAAGGGCAACGCGUACGCCCAGGUGGCGAUCAGCACGCAGGAUGUGUACAAGACCGGGGACCAGAUCAAGGCGGCGGGUGGAACCGUGACGCGGGAGCCGGGGCCCGUUCCGGGCAUCGGCACCAAGAUCCUGGCCUGCACCGACCCAGACGGCUACAAGAUCGUGCUUGUGGACAACGAGGACUUCCUUAAAGAGCUGGAGCAGAAGUGA